AAACCUGCGGUAACACUGGUCAAAAGAGAAAAACAAAAAAAAUUAAAAAAAUUAACGCCAGAGCCAGAAAAGUGCAGUGAAAGAAUAUCUGUCGAAGUUGUUAUCUGUCUGUCCGUCGUCUUGUGAUUUUGAUGUAGUGUGUGCAGCGUCGCGCUGCUGCAUCUGUGUAAUGUGUUAUCUGUAAUCUGUCCAGGAAAACCACGGCCCACGGAUACGGAUGAGGCCCAAUUGUUUUUAUUAACGCAACGAAGUUUGUGCGCGCGCCUGCCAUCGUGCCCCGGCAAUCGAGGCUCCCUCAGCAACAGCAGCAACAACACACACACACAUACACACGCCCAAGACCGAGGUCAACUACCACCCAAACUCCGCCUGCCUGCUCCCCCAAAAUUGGCCACCCCCAAUAUUGCAAAUGGCCUCCAACAACAACAACAACAAUAGCAGCAACAGCUUUGGCAACUCCCUUGGCGGCGGCAUCGCCGCUGUCAAUGCAGAUCUGUGGCGCGAAUGCGUUGCCUGGCUGACGCGAUGUAAAAUCAUUCCGCCCGACCACAAGGCCGCCCUGCCCGACGCCGAGAUCCGGAUACUGGCCAUGACGCUGCGGGAUGGCGUCCUCUUGUGCAAUCUGGUCAUCCAUCUGGAUCCGAGCAGCAUGGAUCCGCGCGAAUUCAAUCGCAAGCCCCAAAUGGCGCAGUUUCUGUGCAGCAAGAACAUUAAGCUUUUCCUGGAUGUCUGUCACAAUAAUUUUGGUAUACGCGAUGCGGAUCUAUUUGAGCCCACCAUGCUCUACGAUUUGACCAACUUCCAUCGGGUGCUGAUCACGCUCUCGAAGCUGUCGCAGUGUCGCAAGGUGCAACAGCUCCAUCCAGAUCUAGUCGGCUUCAACCUUUUGCUCUCGCCCAGCGAACGCUCCCAUUCGGAUGAGGCCAUCUACAAGGAUCUUCACUCCACUGAAAUGCGAAAAACCAACAGCAUCGAUGCCGCCGUUGUGCCUGCAUCCGCGUCCGCCGCCGCCGCCAGGGAAGGAUUCUACGAACGGACUUUGAAGAGCGGCUCUGGGUCCGUUUCGGUGGAGGAUGAGAACAGCGACAUAACCAUUGAGAAUGGCGUCGAGGACAACGAUAUCGAUGACAUGGAUGACAUCGGCGAUGGGACCAUGGACAAUGACUCGGGCAGUGGCGGCAGCGGGGGCUCCGGCAGUGGCAAUGGCGGUGGCAAUGGUUCCAUGAAAACCCUUUCAUUUGACCUCUCGCUGGACGACACGGCCUCUCUAGAGGGCGUGCCUGUGGCGACAGUCGCUUCACCGCCGGAGACCCUUGCGCCCACACGCACCACCGCUGCCCUGCUAAGGGAAGCCCCGAAGCCGAGCACCUCGGAGGCUGCUGCCGAGGCGUUCGCAUCGAAUGCAUCGUUUUGUGCAUCGACACUGUCACUGUUGCAUUCCUCCAACUCGUCGCUGUUCAUCAACGAGAGCCAGUGGCUGCAGAAGGCCGCCGCUGCUGUCUACAACUAUCAGUCAUGCCCGUCGAUUAGCUCCUCGGAGCAUGAGUACUCGUACAUCUACAGCGAGGACGAUGAGAAGGUCUACGAGGAUCUCUGCUAUGUUACCUUCCAAACGAAGCCAAAACCAGAGACAGCAUCAUCGACCAGCUUCGAGCAGCGCGACUACGUGAUACGGGAGCUAAUCGACACAGAGUCCAACUAUUUGGAUGUUCUCAAUGCCCUAAAGUUGAAGUUUAUGGGUCCGCUAGAACGGCACCUCAACCAGGACGAGCUACGAAUUAUAUUUCCACGAAUUAGGGAGCUGGCUGACAUACACACACGAUUCCUGGAGCGACUGCGGGAAGCCCUUUCGCCCAGCACCAAGCUGAGAAUGGCUCAGGUAUUCAUGGAUUUCCGUGAGCCUUUCCUCAUUUAUGGCGAGUACUGCAGCUGCCUGCUGGGCGCCAUUGACUAUCUGGCGGAUGUGUGCAAGAAGAAUCAGAUCAUUGAUCAACUGGUGCAGAAAUGCGAGCGGGAAUACAAUGUGGGCAAGCUGCAGUUGCGGGACAUACUGUCGGUGCCCAUGCAGCGCAUCCUCAAGUACCAUCUGCUGCUGGACAAGCUGGUGAAGGAGACGGCACCGCAGCAUGAGGACUACCGCUCGCUGGAGCGUGCCAAGGAGGCCAUGAUCGAUGUGUCGCAGUACAUCAAUGAGGUGAAGCGCGACUCGGACCAUCUGGUCAUCAUACAGAAGGUAAAGGACAGCAUAUUCGAUCUGCAUCUGCUGCAGAAUGGCAACGAUCUGCUGCAAUACGGACGCCUCCUGCUCGACGGGGAGCUGCACAUCAAGGCGCACGAGGAUCAAAAGACCAAGCUGCGGUAUGCGUUUGUCUUUGACAAGAUACUCAUAAUGGUGAAGUCGCUGCACAUCAAAACGGGUGACAUGCAGUACACAUAUCGCGACUCGCAUAACCUGGCCGACUAUCGUGUGGAGCAGAGCCACUCGCGGCGCACCCUCGGCCGGGAUACGCGCUUCAAGUAUCAGUUACUGUUGGCUCGCAAAUCGGGCAAAACGGCCUUUACGCUGUAUCUCAAGUCGGAGCAUGAGCGGGACAAGUGGCGCAAGGCACUGACCGAGGCAAUGGAGAGCCUGGAUCCGCCUGGCUGCCGCAAUACGGAUCACAAAAUGGAAAUAUUUACAUUCGAUACACCAACGUCAUGCCGGCACUGCUCCAAGUUUCUAAAGGGACGCAUCCAUCAGGGCUAUCGCUGCAAGGUGUGCCUCAUAGCCGUACACAAGGGCUGCAUCUCGUCGACGGGUCGCUGCAAGCAGAACCCCAUUACCCAACCGCCGCCAGUCUGCGAUCGACAGCUAACCGAAUUCAAUUGGUUUGUGGGCAACAUGGAUCGCGAGACCGCGGCCAAUCGUUUGGAGAAUCGACGCAUUGGCACGUAUUUGCUGCGCGUACGACCCCAGGGGCCAUCGACGGCACAUGAAACGAUGUAUGCCCUGAGCCUAAAAACCGAUGAUCAUGUGAUUAAGCAUAUGAAAAUCAAUCAGGAAAUCGGCACAGAGGGCAUGCUCUAUUGCCUGUCGGCACGGCGGCACUUCAAGACGAUUGUUGAGCUGGUUUCCUACUACGAAAGGAAUGAUCUAGGCGAGAAUUUUGCGGGAUUAAAUACUUUGCUGCAGUGGCCAUAUCGUGAGGUAAUAGCCACUGCCCUGUACGAUUACGAACCAAAGCCGGGCAGCAAUCAACUGCAGCUGCGCACCGACUGCCAGAUAUUGGUUAUAGGCAAGGAUGGGGACAGCAAGGGCUGGUGGCGUGGCAAGAUUGGUGAUACAGUUGGGUAUUUUCCGAAGGAGUACGUGCAGGAGCAUUCGCCUAAUGACGAGCUUUGAUAUUAUAAUUCGCUUGUCUAUUUUGGUACACCCAAGGCCAUGUCGCCCGUAGAGGCAGCCAUUAAUGUAGUCGAAAUUGUAGCACCAGCAGCUGUUGUUGUGCCAGCAGCCAUACUCCUGGAGGGUAUACCCUGCCUAACCAGCCUCACGACCACCACCGCUGCUGCUGCUGCUGUCACCGCUGCAACCGCCACCACAACCAGCAGCAACAGCAACGGCAGCACCAACAACAGCAGCCUCAACCAGUGGGUCAGAUAGAUGCGGCAGCCACAGCCACAGCGACAGCACAUCCCUCCCGCACCCCGCCCCACAAACCUGCAUCCUAGUUAAAUAUACAUAUGUAUACAUAUAUAUUUUUUUUAAUUAUACAAAUUGUUUUUAUGUUUAUGUUUAAAGGUGUAAUAUUUUAUAUUUUGUUUGUUUGUUUUUCUCUCUGUUUAGUGUACGAAACAUUUGUGCCAAAACCUACAGAACAAAUAACGAAACAAAAACAAAAACAAACCACAAAAGUUUAAACGAAAAUGUUCUUAUAUGUGUGUGUAUGCAUGUGUUUAUAUAUUUUAAGCUUAAGAAAACCAAUUAAUUGCCUAAGUUUUAAUUUAUGCACAAUGCACAAAAAGAAAACAAAAAGAAGCUUUAAAAAAGGAACACAAAAAAGUGCAUCUACCGUAUAAAUCAUAAUCUAUUAUACACCUACCGUAUAUGUAUGUAUGUAGCAUAUAUAUAAUGAAUGUAAACACACACACACAAAAUGUAUGCAACAAGGGCUACCAAAACAACAAAAAACAACGAGGAUGAUGAAUGAAUGAUGAUGGAAGUAAUAGCUUUAUCCAUAACAAUAUAUACGUCACAUACAAAUAUAUUUGUCUGAUCAUGAUUGAUCCAAGCACUCACACACACACACAGAGUUUUAGGCCAGCCAAUUUAUAUACAUUAUAUAUUACUCAUUAUGUACCUACUACACUUUAUACAUAUUUAUAUUAGCCACGGCUAAGCGGUCCACUCAACGAAUUCAACGAAAUUUUGUGAGCAUUAUAACGAACGAAACAUUAGGCUAUAUAUAGGACACGUCAGUCAGGGAAUACCCUUGGUGUCUCUUUACAUACAUACAUACUAAAACCAUUUGUGUUGUCUUUUGGAUCGCAGGACCCUCCACAUACACAUGCAUAUAUAAUGUAUUUGCUGAUAAUUGUCAAAAAGUCAAGCAACAGUUGUUUAAUCGUUCAAAAAAAGGCACAACAAAUCAGCACACAAUAGAAGUAAUAAAUAAACACAAAGAAACCAGCGUAUAGUUGAUAAGACUCUCCAGCUAUCCACCUAUCUAUCCAUCUAUUUAUGUAUCUUUGUACCUUUGUAUUCGAUGCAUUCAAUUCUAUGUUUAUAAUGUAUUUAUUUAUGGUUUCAUAUACAUGGCAUGGCAAAAUGUUAACAAUUCCAUAUAAUGCAUUUAAUAACCGACUUGUGAGCACAACCCCUUCUUGCUGCUUAACCAACUCUAGCACUAUAAUAAUACCCAAAAACCUUAACUUUAACCCCAGCUAGCAACCAGAAACCAGCAGCCUCCAGGUAUCCCAUGCGGAAAAAUGGUAGCUCUCUCUCUAUCUUUCUCUUUUGGCAGCUACUAAACUUAGAGCUAAGAUAAAUGUUGUUUGCAAAUCGCAAUUGCUUCCAUGUUCUCUCUACCUAUGCCAAAUGUAUAACGUUAACAAAUUGUGUCUGUGCUUCUUUGUCUAAGAUUUCAA